AUGGCAGCAGGAAAUCACUCCACAGUGACUGAGUUCUUCCUUGCCGGGCUAACAGAAAAGUCAGAACGCCAGCUGCCCCUCUUUCUUUUCUUCCUAGGAGUCUAUAUUAUCACAGUGGUGGGGAAUCUGGGCAUGAUCACACUGAUUGGGCUCAGUUCUCACCUGCAUAUCCCCUUGUACUAUUUCCUCAGCAGUUUGUCCUUCAUUGAUCUCUGCUAUUCCACUGUCAUUACCCCCAAAAUGCUGGUGAACUUUGUGACAGAGAAGAACACCAUCUCCUACCCCGAAUGCAUGACUCAGCUCUACUUCUUCAUUUUUUUAAUUAUAUCGGAAUGUCAUAUGUUGGCUGUGAUGGCAUACGAUGGCUAUGUUGCUGUCUGUAAUCCAUUGCUUUACAAUGUCACCAUGUCUUGUCAGGUCUACUCCUGGUUGGUAGUUGAGGUAUAUAUGAUGGGCUUGAUUGGUGCCACAGUUCACACAGGUUAUAUGCUAAGAGUGGUUUUCUGCAAGGCUAAAAUAAUCAACCAUUACUUUUGUGAUCUUUUUGCACUAAUGGAGCUGUCCUGCUCCAGCACUUACAUCAACGAAGUGGUGCUUUUUUGUCUCAGUGCAUUUAAUAUUUUUGCACCAAUCUUGGUCAUCCUUGGCUCCUAUGUCUCCAUCAUUGCCAGCAUUCUGCUCAUCCACUCUACUGUGAGCAGGUCCAAAGCCUUCAGCACAUGCAGCUCCCACAUCUCAGCUGUCACAAUCUUCUAUGGUUCUGCAGCCUUCACCUACCUUCAGCCAUCAAGUGUCAGCUCCAUGGACCAAGGCAAAUUGUCUUCUGUGUUUUACACCAUUAUCGUGCCAAUGCUGAACUCCCUGAUCUACAGCCUGAGGAAUAAGGAUGUCAAAAGUGCUCUAAAAAAAUCAUUGAGAAAAGACUAUUUUGCAUUAACAAAGAUUUAUAAUUCUUGGAGAAGAUCCAGUAAAGAAGGAGUCCAGAGAUAG